UCCCACGAUGACGAUCAAGGCGGGAUGAGAACGAUUUCCCGCCUCUUGCAGGGCGUCAUCACGACAUGCUUACAGCAGUGCAGUCAAGACGGACGAAGACGACAGGUCUGUCAGACGCUGGGUGCCCGUCGCUGAAGCCAAGUGACCCGGUUGGCAGCAACGCACGUACUCCGUAGCUCCUGCCCUGACGAGCUACUUUGGUGGUUUGCUACUGCCGUUUCUUCUGGUGAGGGAGGUGUCGAGACGGUCCAGUCAACCACCCUUUCAGUUCAACAGAUCACUGGGCAAUGGCUCGCCCAUGAGCCGUUCUGUUCGUGCCGCUCCCAGGCACCACCUGUCCCUGCCACCCCCACACGACCUGCUCAAGCGCUGCGAUCGCCCGUCCAGAGAGCCAGCAGAGAGAUGCCUUAUGAUUUCAGUUUGAACUGUUAUACGUCAUUGUCUCCCAACGCAGCGCAGCUAUGUGCACCCCUCGGCAGACACGCACGCUGCUGUUCAGUCGGCCACAUCGUCCCCGCCCUUUUGAGGCCUUUCCAACGAGCCCGAGUAAUCAACCAGUUCUGCCAGUCAGUCUAGCGUACUAGCACCCCACAACCACAGCGAUCUGCGUCCUGUUCAGAGACCCAUCCCCGAGCCGCGCGAAUACCACCUUCGACAGAAGGCGGCCACCAUCGGCCACCAUCGGUCGCCUGGUCCCAGCGAGUCGACUACUCGCCUCGCAACCCGCGAGCCGUGCUGACAGACACGAACGGCCGAUUGGUGCCACGCUUCGAGCAAUGGCAGCCGGAAGACCGGCAAGCGACGGCAGCCUCGACCUGCCGGCUGGGCGUCAUUGUGGCCCUGCGACCGUCAGUCCUGCCUGCUGCAUGUCUAAGAGUCUGGUUGCUGUAUCACCGCCGAUGACCUGUAGGCUUGCACCACCAUCCACGUUGGACUUCACUCAGCAGUAUGGAGUAAAUCCACAUUGUACCGUGGUAGAUAGUCUGCCACGGCGGCCAAGCCAGGGGAGCUUGUUGAUCACCCCACCCGCGGCCAACAGGGUCCAGGCACCGACGACGAUACUUGGAUACAUCAGAUCGCCGAGGCGCGGGCCGAGAUUCUGCGGCCCCAGGGACGAGGCAUUUUGGAGGCCUGGGAAAUACGGACGGCCAAUGCGAGUCAGCCUCCAAGUGCAGCUCAGAUAUCGAAUAUUCGUCCCAUCCGAUCCAAGCGCGGCGAACGUCUUAGCUUUGGUGGGAGUGACAGGUUUGUGGCAGCCGAGAUCUAGACCAUCGUCUGGGGAAGCCGGCGACAGCGUUGGACCUUGCGCGACUCGAGAAUCCGGGGUGCUCGUGAUAAGCCUCACUGCCACUUUUGGCGUUAUGCAUGACGCAGCAACGCAAUUGUCCGAAAACAGUUGCCGCUGCCCUACGCUGCGACAGACAUGGUUGCGGGCCGGCAGGGCAAGCGACAUGAUCACCAAGCUACUGCACAGCGGGCAACUCGCAGGCAGGCCAUCCCAGGCCACAGAAUUACACUUCGAUCGCGCGUACCUGCGAUAGUGGCCGAUGACGAGGGAAGCCAACGUGGCACCGUCCGGGACGCUCGCAUCUACGGCGCGUCCAACGCCGGUCUUCUUGUGAGAGUAGCGCAUUUAUUAUUGCCUGCCAGACCAUCGACAUCACCAACCGUGGAAACCGUGAUCUGAUGGGAGACACCCUCCCGCAGCAUCGCAGUUCGGCGCUGGUCCCCCGAUAUGAGAUCAUCCCGCAUUGCGGCGUCCCCAAUUUUUUCACGGGUGGCAACUAAGCUGCCAGGCUGCCCAACGAUGCAGAAACACCCUCCACAACAGCUACAGUUACCGUGCCAUCCCACCCACCAUCUUGGGACGGCAUUUUAUCCUGAUUGGAGCUCCCACCACCCAUUCCUUGCACCGUCAUGGCUAUGGUUUGCGCAAAUGUUUUGCAAAUUUUCCCAACAAGACACUCUUUCGCCCGGCCAAGACCAUUAUCGCGCAGGGUCCGCGGGGCUCAGCUCAAAUCAGACCCGAGAGUCUCCCACCUUCAGCCAUCCGGUAUUGCUAAUAGUUUUAGCAUGCACGCGUGAUCCCGGUCUUCGGCGCCGGUGGCUAAGGUGGCCAGGCUGGGCAGGCUGGGUGGCCUGUCAAGUGGGCUGAACAUCGCAAUAAAGCAGAUGCGUCCGCCAGUCACGCACGCAACAGCGUGCUUCCUACUCGUCCAUUUCAUCUUCUUUCGCACUUCUGUUCCCCGCUCCAGGCAUCGUGGGGUCCAAGAGAAAUCAUCUAGACCCAUCACGUGCAUUAUCUUCCCCGGGCCGGGCGAGUCAAGGCUGCCAGAGGGGUGAGCCAUUCCGCCUGCCCCCAAUCUUGGCCCUCCUGACCGGCUGGGCACUCAGCAACCCGAGGCUUGGUGCCUAGCGGUGCUCGCGUGAGGAGUCACUCGAGGCAUAUAAUAUCUAGUGAACCUCGAUUAUUUGUUUACUUUGUUCUCUCAUAUUUUCUCACCAUUACCGACUCUUCUGCAUUUUCAGCAUGUCCAAAUCAAAUUAUCCCCGCGGCUCAUCCAGUGUAGACGACUGGCUAGAUAGCCAGUACGAAUACAUGGUACCUGACAAAGAUAUCAACAACCCCUACAUACCGAGGGAUGCCGCCAGAGACAUUACCCCAGACAACUCAGAUAUAAGUCCUCCUCGGUCCAAGGACCACAAAAACUCCAAGGAUCGUUACCGACCAGUUACGCCGCCUGAGGAGGACGACCUCAACAGAGAACGAGACCGACACCGUCACAAGGGCAAGUCAAGCCGUUCUCAUGACGGUGACAGGGACAGCCGGCGCUCGCAUCAGGACAGGGACACCAGAUACCCUCCCAAAGCUGACCGCGGCCGGCCACGCCGCCCUGCCAUGAGCAACCGAGCCACGUCACAUUAUGUACCCCGCAAGGAGGAAAGCCCUGAGCGGCGGCAUAGACGAUACUCGCUAUCAUCGUCACCACCUAGGCACCGAGGUGAUAAAUCCUCACGCCACUAUCACCGUCGCCAUGAGGACCGUUCACCGUCACCACCUCCACGUUCCUCCAGACACAAGGAUGAUCGAGACAGGGAGAACCGUGGACACCACCAUGGAAGUAGCGGGUCCACAAAAGGGACCAAGUCCCGUCGGCCAUCGAUCUCUCACAGCCAAACUUCCAAAGAACCCAAGAGGCCCUCCAGCAACGGACGGUCUCUGAGCUUCUGGAAUGACCCUCGGUUUAUGACAGCUGCCGAAGCCGCGCUGACCGCCGGCGCGUCUGCGGCUGUUGGCCUGGCCGGUCAGAAGGGCGCUUGGGGUGGUGAGAAAGGUGGCAAGGUGCUUAGAGCAGGGCUUGGGGCUGCGGCGCUCAGCGCAUUGAAAUCGCCAGCGCCAACCCCAGCGCCCGCACCCGCGCCGGAGCCUGCAGCUCCUGCCGAGCCUGGACCUAGGACCAAAGCUGCCGAUGCUGCCGGAAGGUACAUGGCGGACCACAUGCCCGGGAGGAAGCACAGCACGCGAAGGAAGCGUCACUAGAUCAGGACUGGGAUAAACAAACGGGUUUCGUUUUGACUGAUUUACUCGUGUGGGAACUUUCGACGAUUAGACACGUAUCUGGGCUCAGUGCUCGUUUUUGACGUUCAGCAUUUGGCUAUAUAGACGAAUGAGGGCUUCUUUCCUCCGGAGCAGACAACUUGGGAAACAUGAUGAGGGAGACACUGCAAACCAAGGGUGGUUUCAAAUCUUAAUAAUCACGAAGUUAUGAACAUUCAUCUAUAUACAGGGAUGGUUGAGAAAUAUAUUCCAAAAUCGGGG